UAGUGCCAAGUGUUAGUAUCGUUUCACGCCUUUAAUUUUUUUGCGUGAUAUUCAAGUUUUUUUUUUAAAUUCACGCCAUCUCUUUUCGCUGGAGAGAUCAUUAUCGCUGAUGGUACAUUAGGUAUAAAAAUUUGAUAAGUGUCAGUGUGAUUCAGUGAUGUUGAGAGAAACAGUAUUUUUUUGCACGCUUCAGUGUCACUUUUUGACAGCGUAAUGGAUGUAUGUGAGUGACAGUGGAUUAUUUGGAGACGGCGAGAAAGAGAAAUUGGAUUUUUUUUAUUCACGGGAAAACAAAAAGGAAAAAAUGAUGAUUUUGUUAAUUUGGAUUAAUAAAAUUACCCAAUCGUCAUCGAAUCACUGAGGAGGCGGGAAAAAUACAAUUAAAGUGGAAAGGAAAGUCCGGAAAGUGUUUGAAAUCUCCCGAAGUGUCCAUAUUAUACACAUUUGGCAAAGAAAAAAGGGAAAAGAGGUGGAAGAAGUUCCAUAGUGUUAACUUUGCUGUGUGCGCCCGACAGCUUGGGUCGUUCGCAGUCUUAAUUGCACCAUCAGCCGGUGUAAUAAUGGAAGUUUGUUAAGUGUUGCGUGGCACCGAGCGGUGCUUCCAUUCCCGCGAACUGUGUUCCGGUCAUUUUGUGAUAUAAUGUGACCGGUAACAAUUGCUCUCACGUGGAGGUAUACAAAAUUGUCACAGCCAAAGUGUCUGAGGAGUUUUAUCUUUGUUGAGUUAUAGCCUGGUGAAAGUUAUUUAUUUAUUUAUUUAUUAUAUCGAGUUAUUUCAACGAUGAAGACUAUUGCGAUUAUCGUCAUCAGUUGCGCCAUUGGAGUUCGUGGUAUAAUCUGUCCAAAAGACAGCAUACCAACGGAGAAUGGCGAGUGUAAAUGUAUAUCACCAUGUCCACCAAAUAAAUGCACGCAGGGUGAACGGCCUGUUCAAGUGAGGGCUGCAUCACCCGAUGUACCAGGCAGCUGUUGCGCUAUCUACAACUGCAUUCCCUCAGAACCAGUAUCAUGGGAUGAUACAGAUGACAGUCGGUUACCGAAGGAUUGUGUUGAUUACAACGGUGUGCCACGAGCGAUAGGCGAUCGUUGGGAUUAUGAUCCCUGCACUAAUUGUACCUGCGAGGAAUUGAAUGGAAAAGGGAGUAUUUCGUGCCACAUAACAAUGUGUAAAAGUUGCGAGCAUAAGGCGCCACGGGUGCCUGGUGAAUGUUGUGAACGUUGUUACGAUGCGACGAAUGACACGGGUACAAUUACAACGAGCGACGCUACUACGAGUACGACAGUGCCGUUUGUCGUGCCAAUAUCAGACUGUCAAUCACUCGAAGAUUGUCAGCUACCCUGUCACCUUGGAGUCGAGAACGACGAUGGAUGCCCUAUUUGCCAAUGUCCGAGUGUCACUCAGAGUACUACGGGACUAGAUCCAACGGACAAAAUUUGCCCGGAGCUACCGCACUGUGGUCUCAAUUGUGUGCUCGAGAAGGACCAGGGUGGUUGUCCUGUUUGCGCUUGUGAGGAUAGCAUUGAAUCAGACGUUUCUGUUAAACCUUCAAAUGUACCACUACCGAGUGAAGAGGAAGAUGACAGUGGUAUCACAUGUCCUGAGCUUAAAUGUGAUCUUCAUUGUGAACGAGGUCUAAUCAUGGAUGAGAAUGACUGUACAGUGUGUCAAUGUAAGCCGCAUGCAACUGGAUGUUCAACAAUCAGUGGAUGCAAGAAGAAAUGCCCUUAUGGAUAUAAACUCAAUAGACGUGGAUGUCUGACUUGUCGUUGUCGGGCGACUUGCACGGAUCAUCAGAAUGAAACACAUCCCGAGGGCUCAUCUUGGCAGCCUGAUGUUUGCACAUCGUGCACCUGCGAUACACUGGGACGGCUGAUAUGCAAGGAAACUGUGUGCUCCGUUGCAUGCUCAAAUCCAUUGCCACGUAAACUUGGCACCUGUUGUCCGGUUUGUCCCAUCAAUGAGAAUUCAACCAAGAAUGAACAUCAGGUGUCACGAAGUUGGGGGAUUAUUCCAAUAACGCUAAUAGCCGUUCUGACGUUACUCGUCAUUCUACUAAUGAUCUACGUCGCACGCGGAAGAUUUCGCGGCCGCCUAUCGCCCUCAACAACACUCUACUCGUCUUAUCCGGCUCAGUAUUACAAAUGCGUGCCGGCAUACGAUACACCGGUACAUCGAAGUGAAAAAGUUGUGCCCCUUUAAGAAAAAGCAUGAUCCCUUUAUUUUUAUUUUCCCAUUGUAAAAAUUUAUUCGAGAAAAUCGAGAGGGACUGCAUCUCCAGCCGUUCGGAACUGAGGAAUUAUUUUAAUUAAAGUAGCCAUUAAAAUUUUUUCCUCUCGCAUCCAACUUUCACCAAUUCUCGGCUUCUUUCGUAGUGAUAAAUAAAUCUGAGUGAUAGACGGUAGUUGAAUACAUUGAUCUCUAGACCACUACGGAUUUAUUCUCUUCAAUUUUUUUUCUAUUUUCCUUCCUUCAGCAGAUGUUGAGACGAGUUGAGACACUCAGAGAGAUUUGAAGUAUUAGAAUGUUUUAUUUCGCCAUAUCGAGAAUAGUGAUAGAUUAUUAUUUGUCAUUUUUCUUAACGUUAACACAUACUCGAGAGUCAUGAUGAGUUUGUUAGUGUAAUAAAAUCAGACUUUAUUGUUCACUUUUAAUUAGGUUUAACCACUAGCUGUGUUAUUAGACUGUUUCUGUUUUCCUUCGUCAAACUUAUUUAAGACCUUUCGAUUUUUUUUAUUAUCAAGCAAUAAGGAUAAAAAUAAACGGUUAACUCUGAUGUAAUAUUUAUAAUUGAUGAAGUUGUUGGAUUAAAUCAUGAGAAAAUGGGGAGGAAUUUGAAGAAUCGUUGAAAUACAAUUAUUGUAAAUAUUCUUCAUGCUUCAUCGACGCUUUCGAGACUGCGCAAAUAAUCAGAAAAGAAUCAUCAUGUUCAAUGCAAUAUUUUUUCAUUUCUUUUUCAAUGGAAAUUGAUUUUCAAGUUUUUUAAAUGGAUAAACAAAAAGGAGGAAUUCACAUUUGAUUCAAUGAUAUGAGAAAAAAAACUAUCUACACAUAUCCAUGUAUCUAAAUACGCACGUAGAUAUCAUUGUCCUUUUUAAAUUGAUAUAUAUUUUUUCAAUGUGACAUCGUCAAACCUCUAAUUCAUGUAAACGAAUAAUGAAAAUAAAAUGAUUUAGUGUUCUAGGCAUUUAAACUUAAUAUAUAGACGUAAUUAUAGUAAUAAAAUUACGAUAAAAACACAAACCAUAUACACAUGCAGUAUAAAUAUAUUUAUUGUCAAUAUAACAUAGGAUUAAAUUUCGUACGUGUACCUUGGAGACAAUAUUUAUAAAACAAAUAUUUGGAUUAAAGGAUAUUGAAAAAAAAACAUGAAAAUAAACAUUUUUUUUUCGAAUGAAAAUGGAAAAACAAAUAAUUCAUGAGAAAUAUAAAAAUUCUGACAAAUUUGUAAGGAUAAAAAUGAAAGAUCAAUUAGUCGUAAGCAAUUAGCGUUGCUUCCUUCAUCAAUGAACAAAUUGCGUUUCGCUAUUCUCUCAGUUAUGGAGAGUUUUUAGCCGUCAUUGAGAGAUGAAAUAAUAAUUGUCUAAUAUGAGAAGACAUUCAGAAUGCUCGUGUGUCCUGGAAUUUGGUAGAAAAGUGAUGGAACUGUUCAAGCCAAUACAUCCGAGUAAUUACGAAAUUAUCUUGCUAAGGAAUGACUUGGAAAAGGAAUAUCACGAAACAUUUCCUUUGUAAUUUGUUUCCUUCCGAUUAUGUCGUAAAAUUAUUUGUUGCCAAGUCAAGUUUUUGUUGUUAACUAUGUAAUUAUUUCAGUAAUUACCGACCUCCAAAUAAUAACAAAUAAUAACUCGUUUUUUACAUUAAUGAGGGAUUAACAGAAAUGUGAAAUUCGCCUCAUCACGUUUCACCGAAUGUAAUUGUGUUGGACUUGACCCGUUUUGUCCCUUCGUUACUGAGUGGAUGAAAACAAAAUUCAGCAGUAUCAUUGUGAACAUACAUUCAUAUCAGUGUAACGUAUCAAAUAAAUCAAUGAGAAAUAACUAAAACCAAUAAUUAACGCGUUACGAAUAACUAUUGUAUGUUAAAAAACUGAAGACUCAAUAAAAGAUUGUUGAUACGUGAA